AUGGAUACAGAUACAGAGGAUACUGAUACUAAAUUAGAGAAUAUGGGUAAACAAGAUCAACAAGAAAGCGAAAUGCCAGUUGCAUCAACUUCAGUCAAACCUGUGACACAAGUAGAUAGAAUGGGUACAGAUACUGAAACAGACGAAAUUGAAACCGACUCAGAGAGUAUGGAUACAGAUACAGAGGAUACUGAUACUAAUUUAGAGAAUAUGGGUCAACAAGAAAGCGAAAUGCCAGUUGCAUCAACUUUUCACUGCACGUAUCCCGGUUGUGCAAGACAAUUUAAAAGGGAAGUGUGGUGCUUCAGGCAUGUAGAUAAACAUUUCCAAAAUAAUGUGUGUCCUACAUGCAAUAAAAAAGUAUCAAGCAAAUCAUCAUUAGCGCGCCACAUACAAUUGCACAAAGAUAAAAGAAAUACAUACACAUGUGUUACAUGCAACCGCAAGUUCUAUUACAAAUCAGAUUUGAAUUAUCAUGUAAAAACAGUUCAUAAUGAAAAAAACUUAUAUAAAUGCUCAAUGUGCGACAAAGAAUAUUCAACCAAAAAACUGUUAAACAACCAUCAUCAAGCUGUACAUCUAAAAUUAAAAAAAUAUCGCUGCCCGGAAUGCGGGUUGUUCUUUGGUCAGUCUAUUGAAUUGCAUCGGCAUAGAAAAAAGAACCAUGUUGUGGAGAGUUAA